AAAGUCCAUAUAGAAUUUCCCAUGUACUAUAGAUUACGAAUCUAUUGUCCCUUUAUAUCCUUUUUCCCUAAUCCGUCUUUAUUUCGCAUUCAACAUUUGCACUUCCAGUAGUAGAAUUGAAAGAAAAAAAAGUUUGCAUUUUUAAUCUUCAGCAUUUUUAAUCUUCUUGUUCAAGUUUAACUUGCUAGGGUUUUUGUCAGAGCAGCAUCAGAGAGUGUUGUUCCAAAAUUAGGGCUUUUGAGUUCUGGUACCCAUCUGUGGUUUAUUGGGUUCCAGAGCCAUGAAUUUACAUACCCUUUUCAAUUGAUUUGAAGUCUGAGUUAGGUCUCAGAACAAUGAUUGCAGAGAAACCCAGUUGGAUUAGGCAUGAGGGUAUGCAGAUUUUCUCCAUUGAUAUUCAACCUGGCGGGCUUAGGUUCGCCACUGGUGGUGGUGAUCACAAGGUUCGGAUAUGGAAUAUGAAAUCUGUAGGCCGCGAUUUGGAAACUGAUGAAUCAACACCAAAACUUCUUGCAACCCUUCGCGAUCAUUUUGGGUCUGUUAACUGUGUUAGGUGGGCUAAGCAUGGUCGGUACAUUGCCUCAGGGUCUGAUGACCAGGUGAUUCUAAUUCAUGAGAGGAAGCCUGGUUCAGGAACUACUGAAUUUGGUAGCGGAGAGCCACCAGAUAUUGAGAACUGGAAGGUUGCCAUGACUUUGAGAGGACACACUGCAGAUGUGGUGGAUCUUAAUUGGUCUCCAGAUGACUUGAUAUUGGCUAGUGGAAGUCUGGAUAAUACUGUCCACGUCUGGAAUAUGAGCAGUGGCAUCUGCACUGCUGUUCUCAGAGGUCACUCUAGUCUGGUUAAGGGGGUUACUUGGGAUCCUAUUGGUUCCUUCAUAGCAAGUCAAUCAGAUGAUAAGACUGUGAUUAUUUGGCGAACAAGUGACUGGAGCCUUGUUCACAGGACAGAUGGCCACUGGACAAAAUCACUUGGUUCUACAUUCUUUCGGAGACUUGGGUGGUCACCUUGUGGCCAUUUUAUAACUACGACUCACGGUUUCCAGAAGCCAAGGCACUCUGCACCUGUUCUAGAGAGAGGGGAAUGGGCUGCCACUUUUGACUUCUUAGGACACAAUGCUCCUAUUAUUGUGGUAAAGUUCAAUCACUCAAUGUUCAGAAGGAAUUCUUCGAAUACUCAGGAAGCAAAAGCCGCUCCUGCCGGAUGGACUAAUGGAACUUCUAAGACAGGAGGCAAAGAAGCACAGCCAUAUAAUAUUAUUGCAAUUGGUAGUCAGGAUCGCACUAUAACUGUUUGGACAACUGCAAGUCCUCGUCCCCUCUUUGUGGCCAAGCAUUUCUUUACUCAAAGUGUCGUGGAUUUAUCGUGGAGUCCUGAUGGGUACUCACUAUUUGCAUGCUCCUUGGAUGGGACAGUGGCUACUUUCCACUUUGAGGAGAAAGAACUUGGUCAGAGGCUAACUGAUACUGAAUUGGAUGAGCUGAAGAGAAAUCGUUAUGGUGAUGUCAGGGGGGGCCGACAGGCAAAUUUAGUAGAAAGCCCAGCACAGUUGCUGCUUGAAGCAGCCUCGGCAAAACAAACCACAAACAAAAGAGUGACACCAGAUGUCCCACAAAACCAGAUGCCCAAAAAAUCUUCUACUCAUUUGGAGGUUGCAACGAAGGCUUCCGGAUCGCAAGUUGAUGAUGGUAAGAAGAGUGGGGGACCUAGUGUCGAUGCGUUAAAUAAAGUGGAAGCUACUGCUCGGAUGUCUAGUCCUGUGAAGCAAAGAGAAUACAGACGUCCUGAUGGAAGAAAGAGAAUAAUCCCUGAGGCAGUUGGAGUGCCUGGUCAGCAGCAAAAUAUAUCUGGUGAUGUUCAGUCUCAAGCACUUGACUUCCCUCUGAAGUCAUCGGAUCACAGAAAGGAUGAUAAUGGGGUGGUGCUUACAGACAGUGGGAUUAGAGAAGGCUUUGUCAGGAGAACAAUAGGUGGAAACUCUGAUAUAAGAGAGCGUUCAGGUGUCAAUGCUAGGGCUACCAUCAGUGAGAGUCUGGCAAUUGAGAAGGUUCUGGCCCCUGUCAGUGAGGAUGGAAGUGUCAGUGUUGAACAAACAGGAAUUGGGAAGGGUUCUGGUUCUUCUGCUGCUUCUAGUACACUUUCAAUUAGGGUAUUUGACAAGAAAGACGGGGAAGAUACAAUACCAGUUUGCUUGGAAGCUCGUCCACGAGAACAUGCUGUAAAUGACAUUUUUGGAGUGGGAAAUACAUUUAUGAUGAAAGAAACGGAAAUCAUUUGUACAAGAGGGGCUCAAACUCUUUGGUCUGAUAGGAUCUCUGGGAAAGUCACUGUUUUGGCUGGUAAUGCCAACUUCUGGGCUGUUGGGUCUGAAGAUGGAUGCCUACAGGUAUACACAAAAUGUGGGAGACGUGCCAUGCCAACCUUGAUGAUGGGAUCUGCAGCUGUAUUCGUUGAUUGUGAUGAGUGUUGGAAGUUGUUGCUUGUCACGAGGAAGGGAUCUUUAUAUGUAUGGGACCUGUUCAACAAGAAAUGCCUUCUUCAUGAUUCAUUAGCUUCACUGGUUACUCUAGAUCCAAAGUCAACUGCUAAAGAUGCAGGCACAAUCAAAAUCAUAUCUGCAAAGUUAUCAAAAUCUGGUUGUCCUCUGGUUGUGCUAUCCACUCGCCAUGCCUUCCUUUUUGAUAUGAGCCUCUUGUGUUGGCUGAGGGUUGCAGAUGAUUGCUUCCCUGCUUCCAAUUUUGCAAGCUCAUGGAAUUUGGGUUCGAUUCAGAGUGGUGAGCUGGCUACCUUACAGGUGGAUGUUAAGAAGUUCGUGGCCAGAAAGCCAGGUUGGAGCAGGGUAACUGAUGAUGGAAUGCAGACACGUGCUCAUUUGGAAACUCAGCUGGCAUCCGCACUGGCAUUGAAGUCACCUAAUGAAUAUCGCCAAUGCCUAUUGUCCUACAUACGGUUUCUGGCGAGAGAAGCAGAUGAGUCCCGUUUACGAGAAGUUUGUGAGAGCUUUCUUGGACCUCCUACUGGGAUGGCUGAAGCUGUAUCUUCAGAUCCUAAGAACCCAGCAUGGGAUCCUUGUGUGCUGGGAAUGAAGAAGCACAAACUCCUAAGGGAAGAUAUUCUUCCGGCAAUGGCGUCAAACAGAAAAGUUCAGCGUUUACUUAAUGAAUUUAUGGAUCUCCUAUCUGAAUAUGAAAUAACUGAAAUCUAUCCAGACCCAAAAAAUCCUGACCCUCCAACAACUUUGUUACAAGCAACAGAUCGAAUGCACUAUGCCCCUCCAACAACUGCUCAAACGGCUUCUGACCGUCCAUCAGAAGAUCAAACGUGUCCUACCCUGCUAGCUACUGAUGAAAUGGAGUAUGCCCCAACAGCGACAGAUCAAACGGAUUCUGUUGUGCCAUUAACAGAUGAAGUGCAAUCCACCACACCCACAGUAGAUUUAAAUUUGGACCCACCUGCUUCGGAUCAAUUAAAUUCAGCAAUGGCUUCAUGAUUUUGUUGAUGAAAUGUAUAUUUUUACUUUGUACUCCGUUGUGCCGUGUCGGCUUUGUUUCAUGAAGGUUUUUCACCCCAAAUAUUUUGGGUGAAACACUUUCGUGUCGUUGCUCAUUGAAGUAGUUAUGGGGUGGUGUGUAACAGUAGUUUUCAUUUUCAAAACAGAAAAAUUUUGAUUGCUCUUUGAGCAAGUGAUAGGCUUCUGUAAUCAAGCUUCUGGAUGUUUGUUCACUGUACAAUGGAUUUUGUAAAUCGGAUGAGUCUUCUUUGUGGGGCUCCAUAUUUGAUGUAUGCUCUUUAGGUUAUUUUUCUCUUUAACAA